UGUAUUUUAAACAACACAAUUGUCACACACACACACAAACACUUUUUUGAUCGGAUCCUACAAAAAAAUAUUAUUACGCCAUCACAUAUUCCCGCAUAUAAUAAUUACAUAUAGACACAAGUAAUAAUACACUACUCCACUCGAUCACUGGUGCCAACACUAUGCAAUCCGUAAAAGCAGGAACACGGCCACCGUGGGUAGGCUUUGCGGCCGCCGUGUGGGUCGGAAUAGCUGCCGGAAACUCAUACUGUUUUCCACUAUAUUCACAUUCAUUGAAAUCAGUACUGGGAUAUUCACAACAACAACUAACAGUACUUGGAGUUGCAAAUGAUUUUGGAGAAAAUACAGGAAUACUUCCAGGCAUUGCGUGUAACUAUUUCCCUCCAUGGGUUGUUCUUCUUGUUGGUGUUUUUUCUUCUUUCUUUGGUUAUGGUGUUAUCUGGCUUGCUAUUUCUCAGACUGUUGUCAACUUGCCUUAUUGGGUUCUAUGGAUUGCGCUUGUGCUAGCAGCCAACAGCAGUGCAUGGUUAGGUACAGCGGUUCUGGUUACAAAUCUAAGAAAUUUCCCUCUAAGUCGUGGUACAGUAGCUGGCCUACUAAAAGGCUACAUUGCCCUUAGUGCUGCGGUUUUCACAGAAGUAUGCACCAUGUUACUUAAUGGGUCAGAAUCGUCGAUUGUGCUUGUGUUCACAUUAGGUAUACCCAUAAUAUGUCUUGCCUUAAUGUACUAUGUUCGCCCGUGCACUCCUUCUGAUGAAAUUGACCCAUCGGAGAACACUCACUUUCUUUUCACCCAAGGGACCAGUCUCUUACUUGCAAUCUUUCUUUUAACAACAACAAUACUAAAAAACUCCUUAAACCUAAAUAAUACCAUCUCCUACACAUUUAUUGCAAUAAUGGUGGUUCUUUUAUUGUCACCACUUGCAAUCCCAAUCAAAAUGACCCUAUUUCCAGCUCGCAAGAAGCUUCUCCGGCCGGUUGAGUCUUCAGACAGCCUGGAUUCAAAAUCAGAUCCAUUGUUAACGCCAUCAUCUUCAAACACGAAUCUUACAAGUUUUCGAGAAAAUGAAGAAGUGUCAGAGGUGAAUAUGCUUCUUGCUGUUGGUGAAGGGGCGGUGAAAUUGAAGAAAAGAAGACCUAGAAGAGGGGAGGAUUUUAGUUUUCGCGAAGCUGUUGUGAAGGCCGAUUUUUGGCUUCUAUGGACGGCUUACUUUCUUGGUGUUGGGUCUGGAGUCACGGUUUUAAACAAUUUGGCUCAAAUUGGAUCUUCACUUGGUUUUAAUGAUACAAACACACUGUUGAGCCUAUUCAGUUUCUGCAAUUUUCUUGGCCGGCUUGGUGGUGGUGCGGUUUCUGAAUAUUUUGUAAGGUUAAAUGCGAUCCCAAGGACAUUUUGGACAAUGGUAACACAAAUUAUUAUGGUGCUAACGUAUCUUUUAUAUGCAUCGGCUCUAGAUGGAACUCUAUAUGCUGCAACAGCAUUACUUGGAACAUGUUAUGGUGUUCAAAUUGCUAUUAUGAUCUCGACAUCCUCUGAGCUUUUCGGGUUGAGAAACUUUGGGAUUAUAUUCAAUUUUAUGCAGUUAGGAAACCCUCUGGGUGCACUUCUAUUUUCUGGUAUGCUCGCAGGUUACAUUUAUGAUGCAGAGGAAGCUAGGCAAGGUUCAACCACUUGUAUGGGUCCUGCUUGUUUUCGGUUCACGUUCCUUGUUCUUGCUUGUGUAUGUGGUUUAGGGACUAUUUUGAGCUUAAUUUUAACCCUUAGAAUUCGACCCGUUUACCAAAUGCUUUAUGCUGGUGGGUCAUUUCGUUUGCCUCAAAGCACUGUCCGCUAAUGAUCAUUCACCAACGGUCAACAAAACGAUAUUUUUGUCCACGUUUGUUGGUUUUGUGUGUUUGUUGUAGCCAUGUACAAGUAAUCACAGGAGUUUAUAUGUUUUUGAGCUUUUGAACAUCUGCUAUGUAAAAAUAUAUGUUCUUGCCAUUAGUCUUUGUAUGAAAAUCUACACUAAAAAGAAUUAAUACAACUAGAGUUUUGACUUUUUGAGCU